AUGGAGCCGCCUUCAGUCUCAGAAGUGUCCGAAUGCAUUUCUCUACUCAAGCGUCAUCGUGCUGCUGGUCCUGACGACCUUCCACCUGCUCUUUUCAAGGAUGGCGGUAGAUUUCUCAGCCAGUGCCCGUCUAGCCCAUUUGGGUUUAUCUGGGAGAAGGAGACCGUCCCAGACAACUGGGGCAAACUUGAACGCGAAGCUCUAUCACUCGCCGGCCCGGCAGUGCAAGAAUCUGGACAAAACCAUUACCGCAUACAUCGUAUUUUGACUGCCGUGCUGACCAGCGUUGAAUGUACCAGGAUGAGAAUUUUCAACCUGGAGAAACCCCGAACCAAAGUUUCAGUGAAGAUUCUGAAAUAA